CAACUUUUUAAUUGCAGCUCUUCGCCUGGCCUAUUACACCUUAACGACUAAUACCCAGUUUCCUUCUCUUUUUUCUUAGAAGACAAUAAUAUCCGAAGGAUAACUAGUUUUCAUUUCAAAUUGCAUUUUGCUUUUGUUAAGACAAUCUAAUCUUCUCGUGCUCGAUUAAUUAGCUGACAUUAAAUGCGUUGCAGCUAGAGCUAGACUAGUUGAUGCCAAUCGGUCGGUUGCACCUUUCACGGUAUGUACUAGUUUUUUUUUCUUUCUUUCGGAAGUUAUCCCAGUGAUUGAGGUUAUGGAUUAUUGGUAACAAAAGACUUUUGUGAUUCGAUUGUGCGCGACGUGAUGGACUUCCAAAGGCAUUGUUAUGUUGGGGGGCAGUUAAGCUCUUCUUGGAAGUACGGCCAAUUCGGUAAUCCCGACAGUGGGUAUGGAUCCGACGAAUUCCAUGAAUCCCCCCGAUACACAUCACCCGGAGCAAAUCCAUAUUAUUUAGCGGCAGAUGGCACGCCGAAUCCAGGAGUGGGGGGCAACCCCCCCGGAGCACCGACCCCUGGAGGACCCCCAGGUAGCAGCGAAUGGCCCUCUUCAUACACAUACCAAACCUACGAAGCCUUCGGCCUUAUACCAGAGACAGAGCCGCCUGGGCAAGGCUUACCGCCGAUGUCGUCGUUAAGGCCUAACGGUACACCUACUGCCACUACCUUGGCCGGACCCAUCACACCCUUCGGACCAGCUAAUACAGAUACCGUUGUUAAUAAAGGACUGGGUGGUAUAUAUCCACCAGCAGAACAAGCCAGUGCGAGUAGUUACAGUUCAGCACCUUCCACACCCGUCAGUUCCCCGCCACCCAUAACUCCUUCCGGAUGGUUAACAAAUCACAGUACACCACAUUCACCCCACUACACACAAGCCGUCAGUGUAAAUAAUACUGUUGCCCCUCAGGGAAUACACAUGGCUCCUGCACCUGAAGCACAGCGUCUCGAUGAUGCUAUCGGCUUUCUUAGAGAUCAUUCCGAAGCGACGGGUACCAGGAUGGAGGAGAGACUAGACGACGCAAUAAAUGUCCUUAGGAAUCACGCGGAGCCCUUAGGUUUAGUUGGACAAAUACCUGCACAUCAAAUGACACAACUCGGUUACGCCGGCCCUCCUUCCUCAGAACCCCAUCUUACUGAUAGUAUUAAAGUCGAAAGGCCCACAUACAACACCAAAAAACGUAAAGAGCCACCAGACACGGAUACAAAACCAUCCAGUUCAGUAGAAAGCUUAGCACAACCAAAUUCAACCAGUGGUCCUCCUGCAAAAUCGACAAAAAGGUCGAGGAGAUAUCUUGAUAACUGUUUAAGUAAUACCGACGAAGAUGAAAUUGACGACCCCGGCAGCAAGGCCAUACGCGAGAAAGAGCGUAGACAGGCCAACAAUGUUCGUGAGCGUUGUUCCAGUGCUGAUGAAACAGAGGAGGGUGAUUUAGAUCCAGAUAUUAAAGCCCAAAGGGAAAAAGAGAGGAGGCAGGCUAAUAAUGCGAGGGAAAGGAUAAGAAUCCGAGAUAUAAACGAGGCUCUCAAAGAGUUAGGUAGGAUGUGCAUGGCACAUUUAAAAACGGAUAAACCACAGACCAAACUUGGGAUUUUGAAUAUGGCUGUUGAGGUUAUUAUGACCUUGGAACAGCAAGUUCGGGGGGACAAUGUGAGUAAUGUCAAUACUGUGAAUGGUUUGAUGAUUUCAGAGCGGAAUCUUAAUCCAAAAGCAGCUUGUUUGAAGAGGCGGGAGGAAGAAAAAGCCGAAGACGGACCUAAAUUAGGUCCUGGACCUCAUCAUAUGCUCUCUGGGCCACACUACCCCACAUUACCUGGGGCACCAACGAAUUUGCCUCACAAUCCAGGUCAGCCACAAUAGCAUUGAUAGUAUUCACUAUCUGUACAUACACUCUCGUACAAAACGGCAUCAUCAUAUUCAUCUUCAUAUAAACGAUUAUCUAUUUUUUUAAGAAUAUUAAGUAGUGAUACAGUAUAUUAAAUUUUUACUUCUU